CGCAAGGGUUGACAAAAAUCGCCAUUUAUUACGCCGAUUGAUAAUGUGCAUAAAAUUUUGGGGAGUGUUUGAAUUUGCUUUACGUGGACAUGACGAAAGUAGGGAAUCACAAAAUCCUGGUAUAUUUCGAGAUCAUUUGAAAGAAGCAAUGGUUUUUAAAGGAACCCCUAAAACUGUCCAAAAUGAACUUUUAGAUGCCAUGAACACCGAAGGCAAAAAGGUGUUGAAUAUCACAAAUUUAAACCAGCAAAAGAAAAGGAAUCGUCAUCAGAGUAAUCGGAUACAAAUACAUAAGUGAUUACGAUGAUGUGGUGGCAAGUUUAAAUUAUGGUAGUCAAGCUUCAAGAGCGUCGGCUCGUGAAGCUGUUUGUCCUAACCACAGCCACAACAGGCGUUAUGGAUCUUAAACACUCGCAUUCCUGAGGCUUGCUUCUAUCCCUGCAAAGGUAGCAACCAACUGGACAGCCUGAUUCAGUAUAGGGUUGGAAAUCCGGUAUUGUCAUUCUACCUCCAUGGAUAUUGCAGAUAAAUAUUCACGUGAAAAUGGCAAGAAGAGAAAAGCUCUCUCAUUUUAGGCUGCUCUCUUUCCGCAUAAUGGGCGUCCACAAAGAAUAACAUCUAGUGCUCCAUCUUCUUUCAACCAACAAGAAGAAGAAUGUUGGAACCCUACUCUUCCAACUUGAUAUGGAUCAUCGUAGUGGGUUUCGUGAUAGCCUUCGUUCUCGCUUUCGGCAUCGGUGCCAACGACGUGGCCAAUUCCUUCGGCACCAGUGUUGGAUCAAAAGUGCUAACAAUAUUCCAAGCAUGUUGUUUGGCCACGGUGUUCGAAAUUGCCGGUGCCAUCCUCAUAGGUUACAAGGUUUCGGACACAAUGCGGAAGGGCAUCCUAGACAUCAACUACUACAAAGGUGCCGAGGUGGAGUUGAUGCUAGGGUCCUUGAGCGCUUUGGCAUCCAGCGCUGCUUGGUUGAUGGUAGCCACGUUUUUUAAAUUGCCCAUUUCUGGAACCCACAGCAUAGUCGGCGCCACUGUUGGCUACAGCCUUGUCGCCAGAGGGACCAGGGGUGUACACUGGGGGACACUCGGAAAAAUUGUGGGUUCAUGGUUUAUUUCUCCUGUGCUCAGCGGUCUCACUUCAGUCAGCAUAUUACUAAUAAUCAAACACUGCAUCCUGUCUAAACCCGACCCUGUACAAGCUGGACUCGUGUCUCUACCCCUUUUCUACAGCUUCACAAUCCUAGUCAACGUGUUUUCCAUCGUUCAUGAUGGCCCUCGGUUAUUACACAUGGAUAACAUUCCGUUCUGGCUAGCCGCUACCAUAAGUCUUUCCGUCGCUUUAGUUAGUAUGAUCCUUAUUUGGAUGAUUGUAGUCCCUUGGCAAAGGAAAAGAAUCAGAGCCGAUCUACUAGCAGAGAAACCUCCUGUCAAUUUCAACAUCGGCGAGUCCACUGAUACUUCUCCGGAAGGCAGCCCAAAAAGGUCCAACCGAAACUCUACGGCUUUAUCUGAACGUCAAUUAACUGUUAUAUCAGAGAAUACCGAGCUUCAGGCCAUGGAAAAUAGAAUAACGGCCGCAAAAUAUAUCUUCCCAAUACAGACCAGCGACAACAAAAAUGGUUACAUGCCGGCUAAAGAGACUGAAAUUCAUGCGAGACCUAAAACUUUAAAAUUGGUUGAGAGCACCACAGACGUAAAUCCUACUCUCUCUCCCAGUUCUAGUGGAGUUCCUUUAAUUAUUACUAAAAACCAGAGAAUACAGAGUGACCAAGGCAUGUGCGCUUUAGACAUUAAGGACAAUGACCAAAUGCUCGUGGAAAACAAGAGUGUCUCAAAAUUGUUUAGUUUCUUGCAAGUGUUAACGGCUAUGUUUGGCAGUUUCGCACACGGUGGAAACGAUGUGAGCAACGCGAUAGGUCCACUGGUGACUUUGUGGCUUAUUUAUACAGAAGGCACAGUUGAGCAAAAAUCGGAAACACCUUUAUAUAUACUAUUGUUUGGAGGUUUCGGUAUCUCGGUGGGUCUGUGGCUUUGGGGAAGGAGAGUAAUACAGACUAUUGGAGAAGAUUUGACCACAAUAACCCCAUCAACAGGAUUCACCAUUGAAAUUGGUGCAGCAUUUACAGUAUUACUGGCUAGUAAAAUUGGUAUCCCCAUCUCUACAACCCAUUGUAAAGUUGGUUCUGUAGUUUUCGUUGGUUAUUUCAGUGCAUCAAAAAAAGGAGUAGACUGGAGUUUAUUUAGAAAUAUCAUCUCAGCCUGGUUAAUAACAGUCCCCAUAGCAGCUUUAUUAUCAGCUGGAACCAUGUUUUUAUUACGUUAUCUAGUUUUGGUUUAAAGAGCUAAAUGUUAGCAGUAGCAACUGAUCACUCAGAUAAUAUCCACGUAAUAGUUUAAACAAUCGUAAAUGUGAAAUUUAAGGUUGUAGUUGCUGUAGUUGUCUUCGGAAUAGUUCUUACAGUUAUUUCAAAGCGAAUAUCCAUUGCAAACUAAACUUUUACUUUUAUAACAAUGCAACUAUUUUGUAUAAUUUUAUUUAAAUCAAAAAGGAUUUUGAAUAAACUUUUCAAACAAGUUUGUCUCAACAAAUUUAGGAAUAGGACCCUACUUCACAAAAUCUUAGAGUUCUAUUUACAAUUGUCACACUGAAAGCAAAAAAAAUCCUCCAUUGUGAUGGGUAUUCCUUCUAAAAAUGGUUCACAUUUCACCGCGCACCCAUAGAUACGUAUGAAAACUACAUCCUUAAUACCAACACAUUAGGGCCUACAUUCCACUCCGGCUUUUCUACCUUACAAAAAUUUAAGCGUAAAUUGUGUAAAUAUUAUCUGCAUGAUCGCAGUUUUACAAACUAAGAUUAAUGUCUCAACAUGGUGUUAGAUUUAGGGGAUAUAAUCGAUGUCCUUUUUUUGCCCAAACCAAAUCAAUUGUUUAUUUUUCUAUUUCAAUGAACUUUUUAGAACGUGAAAUUUAUCAAACCUGAGCGUGUAUAGUUUGUAUUUUUGUAAUUAGUUUGGCAAACUAGGUUUUAGAGGCAUGUCUGUGAUUGAAAAAUAAUUUUGCCAGUGUCUUGUUCUCGUUCAAACAAUUGUUAAAAUGAAGGAAGACGAAUGUUGUUGACAAAACAGAUCUAAAUUCAUAUACGGAAAAUAAAUUUGUUUUACUCAACAACGUUUCCAUCGAAGUUGCGAUUUUAUAAAAUUAAAUGCGUUGAAUUAUAAUUUUCGAAUAUAUUUUGUAAAGUAUUGUUAACAACGUGACGAAAACUGUACGGCACAUGUCAAAUUAAGGUUAGCGAAUAAAUUACAAACUGAAUAAAGUUUUAUAAAAAA